UCCCAAACAUCCGCUAACUGAAAUGAAUGCAAUCACAAAGAGAUGCUUUCACAGUACUAGGAAUAACUCAGUUUUGAAAUGGACUACAAUGGGCAGCCACGGACUAUUCGUCUUGACAAUUUUCUCCUGUUUUUCGAGGAAUCUUAUUUUGGCCAUACUAGAAGAUUUUGCGCUGUGCCACCAAGACAUAACUCUCAAACCAACAGACGGAAUCCUCAAGAUACACUCGUUCAAAUGGCUGGGAUUUGUACAAUAUAUUCACACUACAACAGGGCUUCCGCACCACAGCAAGGCACCACGUGUGGUGCUCGUCCAGAGAGAGUUCGUGCUUGGCACAGCCACCGACAUGCUCCACCUGCCAAAGAAUUACAAAUUAGGUAAUGUAAUAUUCGGAGACUACGAGCAGGAAGAAACUGAUUGCGAUCUAUCAAAGCUGCAGAUCAAGUCGGGGAUGCGGUGUCAGCGUGCCUACAUGGAGAUGCCGUACUCCAUUAUAUUACCUCAUCCAGAGUUUUCGAGAUUCGGUGUGGGAAACAGCCUUGCCCUUGUAAAACUGCUGCGUCCUCUAAAAUCAAAUUAUAUGACGCCGAUAUGUUUACCAUCACUAGUUGAACGGGAGAGGAAAAAGAAAAGCAAAGUUGUAUUUAUGGUAGAUUAUUUGAGUCCGGUACCUAGAGAUUUCGAUUCUGAAAGAAUGGCCAAGAAGUCAUUGCGUCUAUAUACACAUAAAGAGUGUCAGAAACAUCGAAUGAAAUCGAAACUUGGCAGCGAGGGUGUGACUCACGUGCUCUGCACGUCCGGUUGCGGCGUGCGGCCCGGCGCGCCCGUGCUCAGCCACUGCAUGGACGGCACCUUCGAGCUGAUCGGAGUCGCAGCCGGCGGCGGCGCCUGCUCCCGCCGCACCAUGCGCCGGCGGCUCAUCAAGGAACCCCCCCUCUUCAUCGACGUCUACCCCUACGUCUCGUGGAUCAUAAAUGUCGUAACUGCACAUGAACUGCCUAAACCGUAUCCGCAUAACUUCAAACUCGCUUCAACUGGGACCGGUAUGUCCGUUAAAAAAGGGCAUUAUUUAAGGAAGAGGAGAAAACAGCGAACUGGAUGGAGUUCGCGAGAAUUCUUGACCGGGAACGUUUGUUUUAAAAGUGUCAAAAAACAACGGCGCUACGUUAUGUUUUAUGUGGAGAAGUUUCAGGUCAACGCUGACCCUCCAGGAAAAAUGCAUGUCAACUUAGACUUAUCGGCGGGUAUUUACUGUACGAUUAUGUGUGCCCGGUUGUUACUCCCGAAUAGAUUCUACACUCCGAAAAUCGAUGGUGUCGGCGGUUACAACAUCUCGAUUUACUUCGAGACUGACUGGUUUCCGUACACCUUUUACUUCGCUCUGGGCCUCACUGGCAGGAACAGCACAGCAAGAGACUUAUAUGACUGGAUUGAUGAACAAAGGCCAGGAUAUUAUGGUCUCAAAUAA